AUGUCACCUUCGAGUUUCUGGAAGAUUCAUCGUCGUGCUGCGUUUCCGCUGCUUAAACCAGUGGCUGAUAUGAUGUUUGCAAUCCCAACUUCGUCCGCAUCCAGUGAGCGAUGUUGGAGCAUUCACGGAUUUAUCCAUUCUAAGAGAAGAAACCGGUUGCACGCAUCGAAAGUGGAGCAACUUGUGUUCAUCUACUCGAACCUUGCAUCUAGUACAGGCGAACCAAUUCGAGAUGAUUUGGCUGAUGACAUGUACCCCGACGCACACGACGGAGAUCUGGAUGGGCAGGACGACGAACGCAUCGAUGACGAUGAAGAUUCCGAUGAGAUCAUGCAAGCGAUGUCGGAUAUUGGAUAA